AAUCCAAAUCCAAAGUGUUUAUAUUUUUUUGAUAAUAAAUAAAACUGAGUGUAAAUAAUUUUUUUUUUAAAUUCUUAUCAAUACUUAGAGUAGUAGAAUGAUUGAUUAAAUCAAUUGGUCAAGAUUUGAUCAUAGUCAGUAUUUUCUGUUUAAUUGACCGCUUAUGUUAUUGUACUUUGCAACGUGCUAUAAGUUUUUAUACUGGAGAAUUGUUAUAUCACCAACAUAAAAAAAACAAAAAGAGAAGAAAAAAAUACAUAUUUAAAGUUGCUUAUUUUGCGAUAAAACCGAAUAAUUAAAUUUUCGAUAAAUUCAAGAAAGCAAUUCGAGAAAAAUAAAUCCUGUUUAGAAAAUUUGAUUUGUUUAAAAAAAAAUAAGGAAAUAAAAUGUCUGAAGCACCAGUAACACCUCGCAAAAGACUACCGUCUCAAAGUAUGAUACAAGCGUGGGAACUAUUAGAAUCAUCAGAAAAGGCUAUUUCCAUGUCUGCCGGUAACCAAACGGAUUUAAUUGGUGUAAUAAAUGCAGGAACUAACCAUGUAUCAUUUUCGGUUUAUACAACGCCAGAUUUUAAAGAAUUGAUCUCUGACAAAGUAGAACUAAAAGUUCUAAUACCACAAGAUGGUUGGUUUGAAAUUAAUCCAAUUGAUAUUAUUGAAGCUAUUCAUACUUGUACGGAGAAGGUUUGUAAAAGACUUACUGAUUUAGACCGUCAUGUAAGCGAAAUAGUUACAAUAGGUAUAACAAAUCAACGAGAAACAACAAUAGUUUGGGAUAAAAUAACUGGUCAACCAUUACACAAUGCAAUUUCUUGGAAUGACAUCAGAACUAAUGUUACGGUAGAUAGAAUUUUAGCUAGAAUUCCAGAACAAGAUAAAAAUCAUUUCAAAAAUAUUUGUGGUUUGCCUAUAGUUCCUUAUUUCUCGGCUCUUAAAAUUCGAUGGCUAAAAGAUAAUAUUCCAGCAGUUAAAAAAGCUUGCCGGGAGGGAAGGUGUUUAGCAGGCACUGUAGAUUCUUGGAUUGUUUGGAACUUAACUGGUGGGGUAAAUGGCGGACUUCAUGUAACUGAUGUUACAAAUGCGUCUAGAACGUUAUUAAUGAAUAUUGAGACUCUGCAUUGGGAUCCAAUUUUAACAAAAACAUUUUCAAUUCAUACCAAAAUGUUGCCAGAAAUAAGAAGUUCUUCAGAAAUAUAUGGUCAAGUUAAAGAUAAUAGCGCUAUUCAUGGAAUUAAUAUAAGUGGAAUUUUAGGUAACCAACAAGCAAAUUUAUUAGGCCAAAUGUGCUUUAAACCAGGACAAGCUAAGUCAACUUAUAGGUCAGGGUGUUUUCUUUUGUGCAAUACUGGGGAAAAGCUUAUUUUUUCAGAGCAUGGUCUUUUAACAACUAUUGCAUAUAAAUUGGGAAAAGAAAGUCCUUGUACUUAUGCUUUGGAAGGUGCUGUUGCAGUUGCUGGGGCUGCAUUAAAAUGGUUGCAAAAUAAUUUAGAAAUUUUAGGAAAUGUUGAGGAUGCUGAAAAAUGUGCUAAUUUAGUUAAUUCUACAGCAGAUGUUUAUUUUGUGCCAGCUUUUACUGGUUUAUAUAGUCCUUAUUGGAGAAAAGAUGCAAGGGGAACAAUAUGUGGCUUAACUCAUCAAACAACUAAAAAUCACAUUAUCAGAGCUGCCUUAGAAUCUAUUUGUUUUCAAAACCGUGACAUCAUUGAAUGUAUUACAAAAGACUGUGGUAUUGUUUUAAACAAAUUGUACGCUGAUGGGCCACUAAGUGAAAAUGCAUUACUAAUGCAACUGCAAGCAGACAUUUUGGGUAUUCCAGUUUGUCGGUCGCAGUUAGGUGAUACUACAACAUUUGGUGCAGCAAUGUGUGCGGCACAAGCUGAUGGUAUUAAUGCUGUGAAACUAGAUUUAGGAAAAAGGCACUAUGAAAAUAACUAUUAUGACACAUUUUUACCAACAACAACUGAUGACGAGCGUGACCAUCGUUAUACAAAAUGGAAGAAAGCUAUUCAUCGUAGUUUAGGUUGGGUGAAACAAAAAUCUAGAAGAGCUAUGACUGAAGAAAGAUAUAAAUUAUUAGCUUCAAUACCAGCUGGUAUUUUCAUUAUAACAUCGUUUAUGAUGUUAGUGCAUGCCAAAUCUAGAUAAAUUAUCAAUUUUCAAGACAAACGUAGAAUAUUUACAAAACAAGUAGAUUUUGGUAAUUUAAGUAAUUAUUUAGAAUAUUAAAUUUAUUCAAUAUUCUUGUCAAAAAUGCUAUGUACAUAUAUAAGAUUUCAAGUACGAUUACAUAAAUUUUACAAAAUUUUUAGAGCAGAGAUGAUAAAAUUAUAUCAUGACAUUUAAUCAGUUUACAACGUAUUCAGUUUUCGAUCUAGUGCUUUAUAAGUUUUAAAUUUUUUUUAAUUUAUAUAAAAAAAGCACAAAAUCCUUUUUAAUAUUAGAAAUUAAAGAAAUACAUAGUUAAAUUAAAUAAAUAUUAGUUACUUAAAGGAACAUUAUGUUGAGAAUUUUAUAUUUUGCAAAGACUUAAAAAUUUGUUUUUUUUUUUAUAUGUUAUUGAAAAUCAAAAGACAAAAUUGAAAUUUACUAGUUCAAAUACUUACAUACAUAAUUUAUAUUCAUUCCUUCGAUAAUGAAAAUAAAUUUCUCUCUAGAAUUUUUCAAAACUUAAGGCCUUUUGUUGACAAUUUAGCAUUUCAUGUAUGUACUUAA